UGGAGACGCGCCAGGCGCGGGGUGGUGGCGGAAGUGCCGUCGGGCGCCGUGCCGGGGCGGGGCGCGGUGCCGGCCCCGCCAUGGCGGUGUCCCCGUACGUGCAGGCCAUGCAGGAGCUGUUCCGCGCCAACACGCGGAGCCGCGAGUUCCCCGCGCACGGCGCCAAGGUGCACUCGGUGGCCUGGAGCUGCUGCGGCCGCCGCCUCGCCUCCGGCUCCUUCGACAAGACCGCCAGCGUCUUCCUGCUCGAGAAGGACCGGCUGGUGAAGGAGAACAACUACCGGGGCCACGGAGACAGUGUGGAUCAGCUCUGCUGGCACCCCAGCAACCCUGACCUCUUUGUCACAGCGUCCGGGGACAAAACCAUCCGCAUCUGGGACGUCCGCACCACCAAGUGCAUCGCCACUGUCAACACCAAAGGUGAGAACAUCAACAUCUGCUGGAGCCCCGAUGGACAGACCAUUGCCGUGGGGAACAAGGAUGAUGUGGUCACCUUCAUUGACGCCAAGACACAUCGCUCCAAAGCUGAGGAACAGUUCAAGUUUGAGGUGAACGAGAUCUCCUGGAACAACGACAACAACAUGUUCUUCCUCACCAACGGGAAUGGCUGCAUCAACAUCCUCAGCUACCCAGAGCUGAAACCCAUCCAGUCCAUCAAUGCCCAUCCUUCCAACUGCAUCUGCAUCAAGUUUGAUCCCAUGGGGAAGUAUUUUGCCACGGGCAGUGCUGAUGCCUUAGUCAGCCUUUGGGAUGUGGAUGAGCUGGUAUGUGUGAGGUGCUUCUCCAGGCUUGACUGGCCCGUGCGGACACUGAGCUUUAGCCAUGAUGGGAAGAUGCUGGCAUCGGCAUCAGAAGAUCACUUCAUUGACAUUGCCGAGGUGGAGACAGGAGAGAAGCUCUGGGAGGUGCAGUGUGAGUCCCCUACCUUCACAGUGGCCUGGCACCCGAAGAGGCCACUGCUGGCCUUCGCCUGUGAUGAUAAAGAUGGCAAAUACGACAGCAGCCGGGAGGCUGGCACCGUCAAGCUCUUCGGGCUCCCCAACGACUCCUGAUGAAGCUGCACCUGGGGAGGCAACACCUGCCUACUCUUGGGAGUGGGAGCUUAGUGUAGGUAGAGCAAGGAGUUGGCUCCUCUCCUUGGCAGCCUGGCAGGGCUGCGACCUCGGGCUCGGCUCAGUGCAUCCUGCUCUUGGGAGCAUUUGUAAAUAGGCAGCUGUGUGAUGGGGAUGAUGGGGGUGCCCCCCCUCUGCCACCUCCUCUCUGGAGCAUGGGGAGCUUGUUCCAAAGGCAAGUGGCCAAAGAAAAUCAGUCGCUGGAGGUGGCUGCUGAGGGGCCUUCCAUGAGAGGAGCUCCUUCCUGACCAGUCUCCCCAGCAGUGAUAAGCUAUGUGACUGUCCCCUUGUCCCCAACAGCCUGGUGGCGAGGGCAGCCCUGGGAGCACAGCCUGCCCCUUUUCUUCCCAGACAUACCAUGUCCCUUCCCUGUGCUGGGGCAGUGAGGAGAUGGUGAAGGGAUGCAAGCUGGGAGACGUUUCCCCAGCUGGGGCUGAGUUUUUUUAAUACUUGUUUUUUUCUAAUUUUGAUAAAUUCUCUUCCUUAACGAA